AUGGCUUUCCAGUCGCAACGAUCCAUUCCCUCCUCCAGCCCACGGAGCGGCCUGGCUGGUCUCGGCCUAUCCUCCAAAGCCGGUGGCAUUUUCCAUACCGAGCGCACCCUCCCCAUGUACAAAGACAAACCGUACUUCCAGCCCCGGCGGACUGCUCCUAGGCGAGGGUGGAAGAGGGCUUUCGGCGUGCUUGGUAUUUGUACACUAGGACUUUUCUGGUUUCUCUAUACCUCGAAGGAUCUAUCGGUUGUGCAGGUUCCCGAAUCGAGCGCAGCUGAUAAGGGCGCUGAGCUUUGGAGUUGGAUGCAGACGCUGAAGGACGAGAAGCCGGUCAAAAAGCCCGAUUGGAAUGCGCGCCGGGAGAAGGUGCGCGAUACUCUGAUCGUUAGCUUUGACGGCUAUGAGAAGAACGCGUGGGGUUACGACGAGUAUAGCCCUAUAUCUAAUCGCCAUAGGAAUAUGGUUGAAGGCGGAUUAGGCUGGAUGAUUGUAGACUCACUCGACACUAUGAUUAUCAUGAAUCUGACCUCCCAGGUCCGACAUGCUCGGCAGUGGAUUGCCACUUCGCUGAGAUACGAUCAAGAUCACGACAUCAGCACCUUUGAAACCACCAUUCGCAUGCUCGGUGGCUUGUUAUCUGCGCACUAUCUUUCUACCCAAUACCCUAAUCUUGCUCCGAUCGCUGACGACGACGCUGGAGCUGCUGGAGAGGACCUGUACAUUGAGAAAGCCACUGAUCUUGGGGAUCGCUUGAUGUCCGCGUUCGACACACCCACGGGAAUUCCAUAUUCUAGUGUCAACCUCAACACAUCCAAGGGGCUUCGUUCUCAUGCCGAUGGCGGUGCAGCCUCCACUGCUGAGGCAACAUCGGUUCAGCUUGAGUUCAAAUACUUGGCCAAACUGACUGGAGAAGCUGAAUACUGGAGAAUUGUCGAGAAGCCCAUGGAAGCUGUGGAUAAGCAACAUCCAACGGAUGGUCUUGUCCCUAUCUAUAUUCACCCCGACACCGGGCAGUUCCGGGGGAACAACAUUCGGCUCGGUAGCCGCGGGGAUUCAUAUUAUGAAUACCUCAUCAAGCAAUACUUGCAAACCUCAGAGGAGGAACCCAUCUACAAGGAAAUGUGGGACGAGUCGCUCCGGGGUAUUCGUAAGCAUUUGCUCGCUUUCUCCAAGAACGCCCAGCUGUUGGUCCUGGGCGAGCGACCCAACGGGCUUGAAGGCUCCCUUUCUCCCAAGAUGGACCACCUCGCCUGCUUUAUGCCAGGAACAAUCGCACUGGGUGCCACCGGCGGCCAACUUCUCUCUGAAGCACGAAAGUCCUCCGAUUGGACCCAACAGCGCGAAGAGGAGAUCUUCAUCGCUCGCGAGCUUAUGAAGACCUGCUGGGCGACAUACAAGAAGACUGCCACCGGCCUCGCUCCCGAGAUCUCACAUUUCGUCUUCAAGGACAUGCCGACCAUGAUGGGCGACAAGUACCCUGACCCUGCGGCCUCCAAGGGUAGUGCACCCCAUGAGCUGCGCAGUAUCUCGCUCCCACUGGAGCCUCUCAACGAUGGAAGCGAGCCUUGGCGCGACGAUAUUGACAUCCACCGUAUGGACCGGCAUAAUCUGCAGCGCCCGGAAUCCAUUGAGUCGCUCUUCUAUAUGUACCGUAUCACCGGCGACGAGAUGUACCGCGAAUGGGGAUGGGAGAUGUUCAAGUCCUUCAUCCAGCACACGGCUGUCGUCGAGAAGGGCAUCGCUGAUGCCGACGCUCCCAUCACUGGACGAAUCAAGAGCUUUACUUCCCUCGACAACGCGGACGCGAUCCCGCCAAACCAGCGCGAUAACAUGGAGAGUUUCUGGAUGGCGGAGACGCUCAAAUAUUUCUACCUCUUGUUUUCUGACCGCGAUUUUAUCUCCCUUGAGGACCAUGUGUUCAAUACCGAGGCGCACCCUUUACCGCGCUUCAAACCUUCUGGAGAACUUACCACGGGCUGGAAGCGCAGUAUCAGAACAGCGUAG